AUGCUCAUUUGUGGCAGUGGAAGUUUCGAUCAUCAAGUAGAAGAUGACCCUGAAACAUGGAGCCCUUGUUCUACACCAAAGAGAUCCAGACAGGGCACAAGUUUUUUCAGAAACAAAAGCAAGAACCCUUAUGCAGAUCGUGGUUUGGACAAAUUUUAUGCACUUUUAGCUGAUCUUGAUGAGAAGAGACAGAAGAUUUACACACAAAAUGGCUCAGAAGAUAUUUCUUUUGUUCGGUUUGUGUACUCGAAUUCGAAUGAUAUCAAGCCUAUUGUGGUUAAAGUGAAGGAGAAAAAGCCAGAAAAACCCAAUAUUCCUGAUGUCAAAGUCCAACAGAAUUCAUCAGAAGCUCAAUCAGACAAGCUAUCAGUCGAAACCUUAAAGGCUCCAANAAUUGAUUUUGAAUAG